AUGCCGACAAAGCCGCAAACACCGGGGAGGGGUCAAGCGCGGACCGAAGCAACAUACAAUCCCUCAAACGAUGAUUCGGGCUCGGGAGCAGAAGCUCCGGCCCGCAGGCGCCUGCAAAAGUCGGCCUCCACCAACUUCCCCUCGAACAACACCAAUUUUGACACAUCAAAUGGGGUCGCUGGACCGCGCGCAGGUGGGAUAAAUAGGAGAAGACUUUCAAUUCGUGACCAAAGGGUUCCUCAGGGCCCACGACCGCAGGACGUUUCGCGAUGGAGCAAACCUAGUCCGUACCAGCACUCUGGGAACUCCUCUGUUGAUUCUACGAUUGAUUCGACUAAAAGCUUCAACCUUCGAUCUACGAGCGUGGGCAACCUGGCAAAGGCCGAUUCCAAUCAUGCAGACAACAUGGACUUUCUAGCGCCGAUCAACUUUGAUGAUUUCCAUAACAGCAUCAUGGGUGAACCCAGCUUGAACCACUUUCCCAUGCCCGGGAACGGCAGUUCGGGUGAGAAUCGUGAAACGGGUCCUCUGACGAAUCCCUGGGAAAACCACACAUAUGCGAGCAAUGUAUCGGACCGUACACGGGGUCCUUCCGCUCGACGAAAGAGUGAAGUGCAACGUCCGAACGGUCCCAAUGCUGCUGCAGGGCUCACAGCAUCUUCUGCCAAUACCCGCGCUCGCGGCCAGAGUAUAGCCCAGCCGUCUGCCGGAAGUGCUUCAAGGGGUCCGCGCAAAUCUAUCAGCUCUGGGGCAUUUGCACCUACCAAUGCUUCAGCCAGGCGCGCCAGUCUAAGUGCCCGCAAAAUCAGCACUGACACCGCUUCGACAAAUAACUUCCUUCGCCCUCGACUUCCAGAGUCUGAUGCCAAGGUUCCGUCUUCUGUUCGAAACCUCAAGGCAAAGUCAUUCCAGCCCAGCCCAAGGGAACCCCGUGGUCCAUUUCUGACUGCGUCUGGAGUCACUGACCACACACGAUCAAAUUCCACCAAUGCCGUGCGGAGCCCGGUAAGAAACCCUUCUGGCGCCGUGGCGACUCCUUCCUCUGCCUCUAAGCGGGCUUCUGUUAUGCCACCACAUGCCACUGGACUUGGUGCUCGAACGAUCAGUCCCACUGACGCACGACGACUGAAGCGAAUGUCGAUUGCGCCUCCUGCGCCUCCGAUGCCACAUACACCUCCCACCCAGACAGAACCUCUUCCCAUCCGUCCUCUAUCAUCAACUCAAUCUCCCUCUCAAAUUCCGAGGAAAAGCGUCACACCUUCCUCGAACCGAACCACUCCCGACCCAAAUCGUAAGUCGUACAGUUCAGGGCUGUCUGUUUCUUCAAGCACCAGCUAUAACUCGGUGCGAACCUCUGGGGGCUCUCUCCAAAACCGGCUGUCCCAAAAUCUAUCUUCGUCCCGACUCCCGACUCCCAAGCCACGCACAGAGCAAGGAAAUUCCAAUGGGGAAGAGGUACCACCAGUUCCAGCGAUCCCCAAGGCCUACGAGUCGCCCAAAGGUGAACUGGAUGCGCCUAUCUUCCCUGCGCCCAGAAAAUCAAGUAUUCCUGUGGAUUUGGGCCUUCUGAAUAUUAAAGAUUCGGACUCCGAAGCGCACAUCACCGCCCAGGUUGACAAAGUUGACUCUGCCGAAACAAAAACUCCUGAUUCACGAUCACGGAAUUCUACUGUUCUGGCAGGACGAAAAGGUUUGCAGCCCUUGAAAUUGCCCCCGCUGAAUUUGUUGCCUUUGGGCACACCCAUGGCGGCCAAAAUUGAGGCACUCAAGGACAGGGACGACGAGCGCAAAGCUCACACCCCCUCCAACCAAGUGAUUUCAAAGACGCCCAGUACUCCGAUGACAGCAUCCAAAGCGAAUUUCUGGUACCGUGAUGAAGACGACCAACUUCCCCUCACUCAAGCACGAAGCAGCACCUCUCACUUUGUCGUCAGCUCAUCGACCGCCGCGUUGCGAGCUUCUAGUAGUACCAGCGCAUUUGAGUCAUUUGACACGCCAAGUGCAGCUCGCAACAUCUCUCCUUAUGCCUCAUACACGCUCCCCAAGAGCGGUGCCGAGCUCAACCAUCUCCGCCACCAGGCCAGCGCCGACUACUCAAACCGGACACAAGGACACAAGUUGAAUGGUCCACGACCUCAAACGCAAAGUGCCAUUUUCACUCCUGCUCCAGAGCGGCUCAGCCAGAUAUCGACGCCUUCGGAGUCUGAGAGUGUCACUGUCACUGCGUCCGGCUCCUCUCUUCGGGACCGGCUCAAGGUGGCACGGCUUCGCAGCAACUCGAAGCCCCAGAAGGCACAAGCCGAUGCUGAUCCAACCAAGCACAAUCAUAUGCCGCCGCCUAAACUUCCAGCCUCUGCGACAUGGAACAACCUGUCUUCAGUCAAUUCGACGAGCCCUAGUCUCAAGCCAUCGUAUCUCAAUCCUCGCCGACAGUCUUCUGUUUCAAGCGCAACAAACCCGACGACUCGGAAACCAAGUGUCAGCAGCGAGAAAAGUCUCACCCUGGAGCCAACUCCCUCCAAUGAGUCGGGCGAAAGUGACCGCUCUAGACGCGUGCAGAGCACGUACAUCUCUCCUGUUCACAAGAUGAUCAAUAACGCUAGAUCUAGUGUUGCGGCUGCUUCCCGGACUACCGACAGCACUGUUGAUCCAGAUGUGGCGAUUGCAGAUGAAGAGAUGAAGCGACUUGGGUCUAAACGCAAAGACUUUGAAAAGGCGGCGCGUGUGCUAGAUGACUUGCGCCGCAAGGCUGGACCAAAGGAUCGUGUCAGUCCCGCCCAGGCCUUGAAGAUGGCAACGCUCAACAUCUUUGAACGCGGUGAGAUCAUCGAUUAUCGCGAUAUUUUCUUCUGCGGCACCCAGACUGCCAAGAAACAUGUUGGAGAUCUCCACUCCAGUGCAGCGAACUUUGGUUACGAUGAUGACCGUGGUGAUUAUAACAUUAUCAUCGGCGACCAUCUGGCUUACCGGUAUGAAGUUGUUGAUGUCCUGGGCAAAGGCAGUUUUGGACAGGUCGUGCGAUGCGUCGACCACAAGACUGGGGCUCUGGUUGCAAUUAAAAUCAUUCGCAACAAGAAGCGAUUCCACCAACAAGCCCUGAUUGAGGUCAACCUCCUACAAAAGCUGAAGGAAUGGGAUCCUCAUGGCAAGCAUAGCGUGGUCAACUUCACCCAAAGCUUCUAUUUCCGUGGUCAUCUGUGUAUUUCGACGGAACUCCUUGGCAUGAAUCUUUAUGAAUUCAUCAAGGCCCAUGAAUUCCGGGGCUUCUCGUUGAAGCUGAUCCGUGUUUUCACAAAGCAGAUGCUGAGCAGUCUUGUGCUGUUGCAUGCGAAGAAGGUCAUUCACUGUGACUUGAAGCCCGAAAACAUUCUUCUCGUUCACCCGUUGAACUCCGAAAUUCGAGUCAUCGACUUUGGUUCAAGUUGCUUUGAGAAUGAAAAGGUUUAUACUUACAUCCAGAGUCGCUUCUACCGUUCGCCCGAGGUCAUCCUCGGGAUGUCGUACGGCAUGCCGAUAGACAUGUGGAGUUUAGGUUGCAUUUUGGCUGAGCUGUUCACUGGCUAUCCCAUUUUCCCAGGAGAGAAUGAGCAAGAACAGCUUGCUUGCAUCAUGGAAGUCUUUGGUCCUCCGGAAAAGCAUCUCAUUGAGAAGAGCUCUCGCAAGAAGCUGUUCUUUGAUUCUCUCGGCAAGCCGCGUUUGACUGUUUCGUCCAAGGGACGCCGACGUCGUCCGAGUUCCAAGGAGCUCCGACAAGCCCUGAAGUGUGACGAUGAAGCCUUCCUUGACUUCAUCACUCGCUGCCUUCGCUGGGAUCCUGCUCGUCGACUCACACCCCAUGACGCAUUGAAACACGAGUUCCUCACUGGUGUCAAGGCCCCCCGGCCUAGGAUGUAUUCAUCAAGCUCACCCUCCAAGCGAGGUGUCACGUCUGCGGCUCGUCCUCUCCCAGAUCCUCCAGGCACAACGCUAAAGAGCGGGUUCAUGCGCACUCGCGAUGUCUCUGCCAAUUCCCCAGUCAAGGGUACCGGCAAACGACACUCAACCGUGAACGGUCCUCCGUCCAGCCCCGGCAAGCGAGGGUCCAGCAAUUCUACUACUACCGGGUCCGCGCUUCCUCGCGUUUCGGUGCGGAGUAUCAGCGGAAAGCCAGAUCUCGCUACUGCGGCGGCUGCGACAAGCCUGGUGAGUUAG